CCGAAGACAAGCCUCUCUCCCUCUCUCUCUCUCCUUCUUCCUCUUCCUCUUCCUCCUCCUCCUCCUCCUAUUUUGUUGAUCCGAUCUCUUGAUUUCAAUCAGAUGAAACAUGAGAGCCAAACGUACACUGUGGAUGAAGCACUUGUGGCCAUUGGCUUUGGAAAUUUCCAAAUUCUUGUGCUCGCCUAUGCUGGGAUGGGUCAGGUUUCAGAAGCAAUGGAAAUGAUGCUUCUCUCUUUUGUUGGACCAGCUGUUCAGUCUGCAUGGGGUCUUUCUUCUCAUGAAGAGAGCUUAAUAACCAGUGUUGUUUUUGCUGGUAUGCUGGUUGGAGCAUAUUCAUGGGGCAUGGUUUCAGAUAACCAUGGAAGGAGAAAAGGGUUCCUCAUUACAGCAAUGGUCACUGCUGGAGCUGGUUUUCUUAGCGCUUUUGCUCCUAAUUUUAUUUCACUCCUUGUUUUCCGUUGUUUGGUUGGCGUGGGAUUGGGAGGAGGGCCAGUACUUGCAUCGUGGUUUUUAGAGUUCAUUCCUGCUCCAAACAGAGGCGCUUGGAUGGUUGUUUUUUCAGCUUUUUGGACUUUGGGAACAAUUCUUGAGGCUUCACUUGCCUGGUUGGUCAUGCCUACAUUGGGAUGGAGGUGGUUACUCGCACUUUCUGCUCUUCCUUCAUCAAUGCUCCUCCUGUUUUAUGGUGCAACACCUGAGUCACCAAGGUAUUUAUGCAUGAAAGGAAGAAGAGAUGAUGCACUAAAUAUCUUAGAGAAAGUAGCACGAAUGAACGGAACAAAACUUCCUCCUGGCAUACUUGUUUCUGAUUAUGAAAUUGAGUUACAUGGGAAGGAUACUGAGUCAGAAGAUACACAAUUUCUCUCGCCUAGACAAAAUGGAGAUCUACCUCCUAAUGGAAUCGACUCUAAAAAGGGAGGCAUUUUGUCACUUUCUAUGCUUCUUUCAACAGAAUUAUUUAGGUCAACCCUGCUUUUAUGGGUGGUGUUCUUUGGGAAUGCAUUCUCGUAUUAUGGCCUUGUUUUGCUGACGACAGAGUUAAACAAUGGAAAUAAUAAAUGUAUAUUGGCUCAAUCACAAUCGAAAGAGCCCCACGAUGUUAGCUACAAAGAUGUUUUCAUCACUAGUUUUGCAGAAUUCCCUGGGUUACUUCUAUCAGCGGCCACAGUAGAUAAACUUGGGCGUAAGCUGUCAAUGUCUACGAUGUUCUUCCUCUGUUCCAUUUUUCUACUCCCAUUGGUAUUCCAUCAGUCCAGAAAUCUAACAACAGGUCUUCUCUUCUGUGCUCGCAUAUGCAUUACAGCAACCUUCACAGUUGUCUACAUAUAUGCUCCAGAGAUAUACCCAACCUCACUGAGAACAACUGGUGUCGGAGUUGCAAGCUCAGUUGGAAGAAUUGGUGGAAUGUUAUGUCCUCUUGUAGCUGUAGGUUUGGUACAUGGAUGUCAUCAAACUGCAGCCAUUCUACUCUUUGAGGCUGUUGUUCUUCUUUCCGGGGUCUGUGUACUGCUUUUCCCAUUUGAAACAAAGGGCCGGGACUUGGAUGAUAGUGUAUCUAAUGCAAAACAAGUUAAUGCUGCACUAUAAUGGAACACUGAUUCAUGUUGCUUGCGCAUAAGAAAAAUUCAUUUUAAUGUUUUUUUUUUAUUAGAUUAGGCAAGUUUAAUG